AUGAAGGACUCGGGCGAGAUGCACGAUCGGGAGGGCUUCUGCGCGCGGCUGCUCCGGCUGGCGGACACCCAGCCGGACAAAUUGGCCGUGGCGUGGAUCGACGAGAAGGGCGUCGAGUGCGGGCGGCUGUCCUACCGCGAGCUGUUCGACGCCGCCGCCAGGGUGGCAUCCGGCCUGCUGGGCAGCCAGGUGGCCGCAUCCCCGGGGGACCGGGUGCUGCUGGUGUUCCCCCCCGGUCUGGACUUUCUGGCCGCUUUCGUGGGCUGCCUGCUGGCGGGGGUUGUGUCCGUGCCCGUGUACCCGCCCAACCCCAAGAAGCUGUCGACCGACCUCAAGCGCCUGUGCGCCAUCAAGAGCGCGUCAUCGUGCAGUGUCGCCCUCACUUCGGCGACGUUCAAGGCCGCGUCCAGCCUGCUGAUGCUCAGCUGCCCAGGCGAAUGGCCAGAAGACCUGUCCUGGUAUUGCACUGACUUCCUUGGGAGCGAUGCCAGCCUGUUCAACGGCUUUGGUCUGUUGAACCAGGCAUGGAGCUGGGGCCUGUCAAAACUUUCUGGCCAGGACAGCAGCGAAACGCAGGACACACAGUUGCCACCCAGCGCGGUUGACUGGCAUGCCAGGGCAGCGUGCUUCGAUGCCUCCGACAACGUUGCCUAUUUGCAGUUCACCUCGGGCAGCACGGGCACCCCAAAAGGCGUGAUGAUCACGUACAAGAACCUUGCUGCAAACAUCCACCAAAUGAAUCUGUUCAUGGGACCAAAGCAAAAGGAUUUGGUAAACGUUUCGUGGCUACCACAGUACCACGAUGCGGGACUGGUUUGUUCGACGCUGCUCGUCUUGUACGAUGGAGGAUCUGUGCACAUGAUGUCUCCAGUGACUUUCUUGCGCGACCCACUGCUGUGGCUGCUGUAUAUCAACAAGAUGCGGGCGAAUGCGACUGUGGCACCCAAUUUUGGAUAUGAGCUCAUCAUCAAGAGGUGGCUGGCUUUGAAAGCUGAUGAGCGGCCACCUUUGGAUCUCUCGUGCGUGAAGAUUGCUGCCAGCGUGGCUGAGCCAGUUUGGCAGAGCACUGCGCGGACUCUUUUCAAGGUUUUUGGACCAGUGGGCUUCUCGCCUGAUGCCUUCAUGCCUGGCUAUGGCCUGGCAGAGGCGGUUGUCGCAGCCACAUGGGAAAGGGGUGGCCUGAUUUGCGAUCCUGACAAUGGCCGUGUUGCAUGCGGUCCCGUGGGUUUGCCAGGGGCACCACAGAUCAGAAUCGUCAAUCCGCAAACAUGCGAGGAGGUUCCCGAACGCAGCACUGGGGAAAUUUGGGUGUCGGGGCCGAAUGUUGCGAUAGGGUAUUGGAACCGGAAAGAGUUGAGUGAAGAAACGUUCUACGCUUCCGUCAAGAGCUUGCAAGGGAAAGAUGCAAGAUAUUUGAGGACUGGCGAUGAGGGUUAUGUGCGAGAUGGCCACCUGUACAUCUGUGGGCGAAUCAAGGACAUGCUCAUAGUUGGGGGAAGAAAUAUAUAUGCAACGGAUGUCGAGAAAACGAUCCAGGAAGCCUGCCCUGAGUUGAGGCCUGGCUGCAUCGCUGUUUUCACCAAGGCCCUGCCAAACAGUGUAGAGCAGGUGGAGAACAAGGUGUCCGUUGUGGCGGAAGUUAAAGACUCGUGGGACACUGAGGGAGGGCAUUCGCAGCUGAUGGGGCGAAUUGCGGGUGUUGUACAGCAGGGCCAUGAAGUGCUUGUGGAAACUAUCGCGCUUAUUGAGCCCAGGACCAUCCCAAAGACGACCAGCGGGAAGGUCCAGAGGUUUAAAUGCCGUCAGCGUCUGCUGGACGGCGAGCUGACCAUUGUGACAGGCGGGCUGUCAAGCGAUGGCUCGUGUAGCGAUAUGGAAGCAGAACCUCCUGCAGACGCCUCUGAUGACACAGUGACACAUGGGUCUGUUGGGGAAAAGGGAUGCGGAUCUUCAGAUGCAAUGCCCGAAAGCUUCGAUUGCGGAGCUUGGCUCAUGAGGCUCUUCAAGAAGCAUGGUGUCCGUGACUUCUCAGUGGGUUUGACAGCCAAUGGCGUGCCAUCUGUGUCCCUGCAGGCUGUGCUGCAGGAUAUUUCUGACGUGUGCAUGGUGCGACUGGACAUUGCCGACUUGAUGAACCACUCUGUGGAAACAAUCAUACAGAUAAUCCGCAAGCAGGCUGCCACCAGGCUCAGAUUCAAUGUGGCAGUGUGGUCCGUCAGGCUGCAGCAGUCGGCUUCCUAUCCCAACCACCGGCCUGCCGUGGCCCUCUGGAAAAGGGCAGGCCAUCUGGCGUUCAGAGAGGUUGGCCAAACGUGCGCAAACGUUUGUGCAGAUAUGAGAGGGGCACCCAGCCCGCAAAGCAGCCGUCCUGUGGUUGACAAGCACCAUCUGUCGAUGGAGCGGCGCGGCGAGGCACUGCCGUACGUGGCGCAGGUGCUGAUCGAGGCUGUCGGCAUCGUGCUAGUGCUGCUCUUGAUGGGUGUCGCUCUGUUGCCGGGGCACCAUUUUGAUGCAGCAGCACCGGAGACCAGCAUGACGAGCCCUGCAGCAAAAUGGACGUUCCGACACCUGGUGGAUGGCAUCCUGGCCCCUGCUGCUUUGUUUCCGGCUUUGUUGAUGUCUUGGCAGCUGUCUUUCUCAUGCAUAGUAAUCAUCACCAAGUGGGUGGUGAUAGGGCAGUACAAGUCACAGUGCCUGGCCAUGUGGUCUCCUGAUUUUUUCCGGUGGUGGCUGGUGGACAGACUCGUCUCUGUGUGGGAGAUGUUUGUCGGCAGUUUCAUCUCCGGCACCUGGCUCGCGAAUUUGUUCUAUUACAGUAUGGGAACGGAUUGCCCCAUUUUUCUUGCAUCUAUACAGUCUCCCAUUCGGGAAUUCGACCUUGUGAAGAUUGGCAGCAAUGGACAGGUAAAGGGCAGGAUUUUCUGCAGGUCCUUUGCUCCAAACAGACUUUGGUUCGCACCAGUUGUGUGUGGGAAGAGGAGUGUCGUCGACAGUAUGGCCGUCAUAAUGCCCGGCGCCACAGUCGCAGAGGAUUGCACGAUUGCACCACUGGCGGUGCUCUUGGAAGGCAGCCGGACGAAGCCAAACGCCAUCUUUUCCGGAAAUCCUGCCAUCAUGGUCGAAAAGAAGGGUCAGGCUCCACAGCUGAUGGAUGCCACAACCAUGGCCUACGAGGCGCUUGUGUCGUUCAUCAAGGGGGUCAUACUUUUGGCAUUGUUGUACAUAACAGCUGCAGCAGUAGGUCUGGUGUACGUGCUGUCUGGGGAGCUGAACUUGGGCUUCGAGGGCCUUUGGGACGUACCUGCGUUCCCCUUUGUGACAGCCUACUUUGGCGGUGCGACACUUGUGGCAGCACUGAGCAUUGGUUUGAAAUGGGCCUUGCUGGGAAGGGUGAAAGGUGGCCUGGUGCGCAACACACUGGGAAGGCGAUUGCGCACGUGGGCAGUGGAUGCCGCAGCCAGAGGGCCCAUGUGGAUCCUCACACCGUGGAUUAGGCGCUCCCCCUUGUUCAACAUGUACUACCGGCUGCUGGGCAUGAGGCUGCCUGUUUUUGCAUCGUCUGUUGGCCCUGGGUUUGUGCCCCCUUCUGGAGCGGACCUCGUCGCUCUGGGCCAAGGGAUCGCAAGCUGA